UUCAAAUCUUUAGCGUUUACCUUUCAGACAUGGAUCAGGGAUCAAAAUGAGUCGUGGCACCAUUAUUUUCCGUCAAGUGCUUCAACAGACCGUUUCGCGCAGGCAAUCAGUGUUGCAAUCCUCUAGAAUCCCACAAUUCCAUCCGCAUCAAUUUCCAGCCUUUAAACUUGGCCCAAUUCGCCUGCUGUCCGUCCAGAAACCCUUCAAUUUUGACAAAGAAGCCGAGGAGACCCUCGAGUCUUUGGGGGACAAAUUCGAGGACCUUUUGGACUCUAACCCGUCCAUGGUCGGAUCGGAUGUGUCCUUAUCGAACGGUGUUCUAACCGUAGAAACUCCUGAACACGGCACCUACGUCAUCAAUAAACAAGGUCCCAAUCAGCAGAUCUGGCUGUCCUCACCGCUGAGCGGUCCUGCCCGAUUCGAUUACAUCGACGGUCAGUGGAUCUACAAGCACACCAACGAGAGUCUCCAUCAGUUGUUGAAUCGCGAGAUCGGCGAGACCAUCUUGCAGAUCGAUAACGCCAAUUUCCACGAGUGCCACAAUGGAAGCUCUUAA